AUGGUCAAGCCGCGGGGGGACGGCGAGUCGCUCCUCUACGCCUCGUCAAUCCUCAUCGGCCUGUCUUGGGUUACAUUCGCAGCCCGAGUAUGGGUGCGGUUCUGGCGAAAGUCCGCCGGAUGGGACGACAUCCUGAUGUUCGCGGGCAUUCUGCUCUUUACGGUGACGGCCAGUCUGUGCAUAGUCUGCAGCUACCUCGGCUCCGGCCAGCUCGCCGAAGCCCUGCAGCCCGCUGAGAUCAUGAAGGGAACCAAGCUCUUCUUCAUUGCCGAAUACUUCUACUCCUCCGGCACCGUCUUCAUCAAGUCCAGCAUUGCCGUUACGCUGCUGCGAAUCGCCGACGCCCGCCGCCGUUACAAAUGGACCAUCUGGGCCGUCAUCAUCUCCACCAUCAUCUCCUGCAUCGUCUUCAUUUCGGGCAUCUCCAACAUCUGCCACCCCAUCACUACGCUAUGGGGUGAGACCACCACCGGCACAUGCAACCUCCAGCUCAACAGCGACGUCAGCUUCUUCUUCUCCGCCAUUGAGAUCUUGACCGACUGGACGCUAGCUGUCCUGCCUGCAGCCCUGCUGUGGGGCGUCCAGAUGAAGCCCAAGGUCAAGUUCUCGGUGGCCUUGAUCCUCGGAAUGGGUGCUUUUGCGAGUUGCGCAACAAUCGUACGACUCCGCUUCCUGACUCUCUACGACAACCCCGCCGAGUUCAUGUUUGGCACCGGCAAGAUUGGUCUGUGGUCCAUCAUCGAGGAGGGCAUCGGUAUCAUCGCCGGCUCGCUGCACGCCCUCCGCCCUCUCCUCUCCCUGCCCUUUUUCGGCGGCGGCAGCUCCGGCGGCAACACCGACAACUCUGCCGGGCACAACAAGUACUCGCCCAGGAGUGGACACCGCGGUCCCGCGCAGCACACGGACAUUGGACUCGACACUUUUCACCAGCUCAACGACGGGGAUGCCGACGGGGACGGAGACAGCUCCAAGCACAUCCUGAGGGAGACCAAGGUCACAAUGAUUAAGCGCUCCGCCUUAUGA